AACAAAAUCAUUCUCUUCACAGUGUUUUUAUUCAUCCUAGCAGUCAUAGCCUGGACACUUCUGUGGCUCUAUAUCAGUAAGACAGAAAGCAAAGAUGCUUUUUAUUUUGUGGGGAUGUUUCGCAUCACCAACAUUGAGUUUCUUCCUGAGUACCGACAGAAGGAGUCCAGAGAAUUUCUGUCAGUGGCAAGGACUGUGCAGCAAGUGGUGAAUCUUGUUUACACAACAUCUGCCUUCUCCAAAUUUUAUAAGCAGUCUGUUGUUGAAGAUGUCAGCAGCAACAACAAAGGUGGCCUCCUUGUCCACUUUUGGAUUGUGUUUGUCAUGCCACAUGCCAAGGGCCACAUUUUCUGUGAGGACUGUGUGGCAGCCAUCUUGAAGGAUUCCAUCCAGACGAGCAUUAUAAACCGGACCUCUGUGGGGAGCUUGCAGGGCCUGGCUGUGGACUUGGACUCUGUGGUACUAAAUGCUGGGCUUCGAUCAGAUUACUCUUCGACCAUAGGAUCUGACAAAGGCUGCUCUCAGUACUUCUAUGCAGAUCAACUGUCUCUCCACUACCCGCUGGAGAUUUCUGCAACCUCAGGGCGGCUGAUGUGUCACUUCAAGCUGGUGGCCAUAGUAGGCUAUCUGAUUCGUCUCUCCAUUGAGUCCAUCCAACUGGAAGCUGACAACUGUGUCACUGACUCUCUAACCAUUUACGACGCCCUUUUGCCAAUUCGGAGCACUGUUUUGUACAGACUUUGUGAACCCACAAGAACACUAAUGUCAUUUGUUUCUACAAAUAAUCUCAUGUUAGUGACACUUAAGUCUCCCUAUAUUCGGAGGCUAUCAGGAAUUCGGGCAUACUUUGAGGUCAUUCCAGAACAAAAAUGUGAAAACACAGUGUUGGUCAAAGAAAUCCCUGGCUUUGAGGGGAAAAUUUCAAGUCCAUAUUAUCCAAGCUACUAUCCUCCAAAAUGCAAGUGUACCUGGAAAUUUCAGACUCCCCUGUCAACUCUUGGGAUAGCACUGAAAUUCCAUAACUAUUCAAUAACCAAGAAGAGUGCAAAAGGCUGUGAGCAUGGAUGGUGGGAAAUUAAUGAGCACCUGUACUGUGGCUCCUACAUGGAUCACCAGACGAUUUUCCGGGUGCCCAGCUCUCUGGUUUACAUUCAGCUCCAGUGCAGUUCAAGGCUUUCGGACAAACCACUUCUGGUAGAAUAUGGCAGUUAUAACAUAAGUCAACCUUGUCCUGUUGGAUCUUUUAGAUGCUCCUCCGGUUUGUGUAUUCCUCAGACUCAGCGCUGUGAUGGAGUGAAUGAUUGUUUUGAUGAAAGUGAUGAACUUUUCUGUGUGCCCAUCAAACCUGCCUGUGAUGUUACCCCCUUCAGGCAGCCUGGUCCUCUGGUCUGCGAUGGUUUCCAGGACUGCGAGAACGGCCAGGAUGAGCAUAACUGCACGCAGAGCAUUCCAUGCACCAACAGAACUUUUAAGUGUGACAAUGAUGUUUGCUUUAAAAAGCAAAACGCAAGAUGUGAUGGGAUAGUGGAUUGUCCAAAUGGAAGCGAUGAAGAUAGCUGCAGCUGCAGCAGGACUUCCUCGUCUCUGAACCGCAUAGUUGGGGGAGCAGACUCGCAGGAGGGGGCAUGGCCAUGGCAGGUGAGCCUCCACUUUUUUGGAUCUGCCUACUGUGGUGCCUCCGUCAUCUCCAGGGAGUGGCUUCUCUCUGCAGCCCACUGUUUCCAUGGAAACAGGCUGUCAGACCCCACUCCAUGGACUGCUCACCUUGGGAUGUAUGUACAGGGAAAUGCCAAGUUUGUCUCUCCAGUGAGAAGGAUUGUGGUCCACGAGUACUAUAACAGCCAGAAUUUUGACUAUGACAUUGCUUUGCUACAGCUCAGUAUUGCCUGGCCUGAGACCCUCAAACAGCUCAUUCAGCCAAUAUGCAUUCCUCCUGCAGGCCAGAAAGUGCGCAGUGGGGAGAAAUGCUGGGUAACUGGCUGGGGGAGAAGGCAUGAAGCAGGGCUUAGGACAGAUACAGUGUCCUGAAUCCUACUCUCCAGCUUACUUUGAUCUUCUCUAAAGAUUUAUUGUGGCCAGUUUCUCAAAUGGUCACUGCCCUCAUUUAGUUAUGGAAGCCAUAAUAGUCAUUACCAGUUUGGAUUUGCUGAGAUGUCAGAGUUUCAUUGAGAGAAGGAAGCUAACCAUCUGAACACCUGAAAUGGAUAGGUUUCUGUACUCAGUGCUUUAAUUACAUUGUCAUAUAUCACAAGAGGAGAGUUUACUCUACCAACAAGACAUUUUCUGUGUGUGUGCACGUCUGUAUUUUUUUCUGAAUCAUCUUAGUCAUAUAGGUUAAAAAGGAAGUGAAAGAACAAUUCUACAACAGUUAAGUUUUUAUGGCUCCUUGGAGACUUGUAUAUAUCAGUUAUGCUUCUCCUUUUAAGUAGCCCUCCUGAAAAGUAAAUAUUGGUUGAUACUAAUAGUGGCUGACUCAUAGUACUCUGAAAGUGAGGCAGGAGGCAAGGAGGAAAGAUUCCUGGGAGAAAAAAAGUCCUGAAGGCCAGAAGGAAAAAGAAGAAGCUGACUUCAAAAACCAUAGAAUUCUGACAUCACAGCCGGGAGGCCCAUGAUAAGCUCUUUGGAAACCACAAAGAGCACCCAUCUCUAAUGAGUAAGCCAUGCCUGGGGACAGAUGCAUUAUAGAAUAUCCUAUACAAACAAAAGUAACCUCAAGUCAAUUAUAAUUAUAAUCUCAUUUAUGUUGUGUUCCAUAGCCCUCUGGGUUUUGGGCACCAUGAAAGUUCCUCAAUGAUCCAUAAAGGGACAAAAACUCUCCCCCUCCAACAGAAAGGAGGAGACUUGUGAAUUGCCUUUUCAGUUCAAAGAGCUCCUCCCAGCCUGUAAAGGUUACAUAUAGGCUCUGACACCUGGCUUUUUCAAGACCACAAACUCUUCACUGGCCCACUCCCACCCUGACGAACAUAUUCUGACUAAUAAAUCUGUGCUUUCACUUUGUGUCCAACUCAAUUCUUGGAGAUAUCAAGAACCUAAGACAGUCAUAACUGUGGACAACAAAAGGAAGAGGUACUUGGUGAAGGAGUGGCACAACGACUCAG